UGGUUUUCACUGCUUUUGAAAAGAAAUGUGUAUUGCCAAGCCCUCCGCACUGAUGCGUCCGGCCAACGUUUUCCCAGCAACAGCAUCAGGGGGGAAAUCGACUGCGCAGGGCCACAGCUUCUGCACUAGCGAAUCCUAGCGAAUUGUUGCAUAUCGGCAGGCGACAGAAGGAAAAUUUCUUCGCCACUCUUCAGAAGGUUUUCCGCACGAUGGCUGUUGUUCAAUUUAUACAAAAACACUCACACAAAGUUCUUCUAAAUCUUAGCAAAAUUUACACACUCUAUUAGAUCUAUUAGGAUACCGAUACAAAAAAAAAAGUUUUUAACCAAGUGCAACAACUCACAAAUUCGCGCUGUGCAUUCCGAUAGUUUCGAUCUUUACAAAAAGUACAAAAUAAUCACCAGCAGCCCGCUGAUCAAGUACGGAAGGAGAAACAAAAGUGCAAAUUUCCGAAACCCUAACAAAAGUUCUAUUGUUUCGAAAUCAAGUGCUAGGCGAGAGUGAACCACAUUUCCCCUGCGGAGAAAAUCGUCACCCAGCAGUGGUUUGCACCAAAGAUUUUGCGAGCGCUCACAAGCAAAAACAGCCACCCUCGACAGAAAUCGAUUUAGGCCUUGGUUGUCCGUUUUUCGUUCCGUGUGGCCAACAACAGAGAGCGAUGGAAUUGUUCAGAAUUGAUGGCAAUCGAGGAAUUUUGGAGUGUCACUGUAUUGCGACUUCUGCUAAUGCUGCCACCGCGGCUUCGGCUGGGCUGAGCUAGAGAUACAAAGUGACUUUUGUGAAGCCGGGAGAAGCACUUCCUGUCCCCUCGCUCGUUUGGCUCACGGUGGAAUACGAUGGAUGUGGUGGUGCUGAUUGCUUGCUUGGCUCUCGUCGGAACGCUGCUGAUUGUGAUGCUGCUGUUGUGCCGACUGAUCCAGCCAUACGAUAUUGCAUGGUUUCUGUCGAGCCGGGAGGAUAAGAUCAAUCUGUCCAAGAUGAAGCUGUACAACUCGAAUGGAUACUUGAUGCACUCUGGGUCGGAAAUUUUCCUGGGUUCCACGGGUAGUUUCCAGCGAUUCGAUUCGGUUGAUCGAGACUGCAAACCCCAGUAUGGGCAAGGAUCAGGACUAACCGUUCCCUCGUGGAGAACCUCGUCCAUCGAAGAAUCCGAAAUUCCUCCGCAACCGCUGAGACCAGCUCCCUCGCCCAAAGAGCCAAAGCUGUCCCGAGAUAAGGCUAUUAUCCACAAACAAACCUCAGAACCGAAACCUGCUAGCGGGACAACAAUGAUCUCCCCAAUACCGCGACCGGUUCCCCGUAAACAGCAUUCAGCUCCGAUCUCGUUCCCACUACCAGUGCUAAGCUCACCUCGCGACAAGCGCUUCCAUAACGAGACCCACAUCUGCACCAAUCCCUUCCUCAACCAACCCCCUCUCAAAGAGGAAGUCGAUCCUCCGCCUGUCAUGCUUCCUCCACCACCACCUGCGCAACAUAUGGCGCGCCCAUCUCCGGAACCACCCUUUCUCCAGCGGCUCAUAAAAUCCGCCAACAAUCCGUUCGUUUCUGAUUCCCGCAAGUCCGACGACGAAUGCUUCUUCAGCUUCGAACCCGCAACAGUGCAGUCCGUAUUCGGCGAAGACGAUCCGCUGCGGCGGGCAGAAAAACGAUUAUCGAAGCUUGAAAACCUGCGCAAAAUGUCACGGCUAAUCGAAAGCAAUCAAGUACUGCUGAACAUCUAUCAGCAGUUCAACAACACAUUGGACCGCACUUGCGAAAUUGACCAAUCAGCGGCGCCACCGGCCGCUAGCAGAAUCACACCGCCCAUGCUUUUCGCAGGGCCCUCGUCAUCGUCAUCUACUUCACCCCUGGUGUCACCCAAAUUUACAGAAAACACCCCAGCGCAGCUCUCACCACCUCGCUGUUCUCCACCGCCAGUGGCUGUGAGUCGUACGGACAGCAUCAAGUAUCAGGAUUCACCCCGCACGGAAGCCGGUGACAACAUCAAAAUCCCUACGGUGUCUAACAGUAUUAAACAUAUCCUCCGCAAUCGCUCCUUCUCCGAAACGGAGUUCAACGAACGGAAGUUGUUCAAAAGUAUCGCACUGGCCGAGCAAACCUCUCCCGCGCCGCUGUUGAAGAAUUCAUCCCACAAGGACCUCACGCGGUACUACAACGGGACUCCUCCGCUUGGUGCAGCGUAUGGAAGCCAUGACUCAGUGGUGCUACAGAAAACUGUUUCCGAGUCUUUCCUGGAGCAGUACUCACUUGGGCGGACGGAGUGUGAUCGCGGUGGAGGUGGCACAGCCAUCGCACUUAACAGUUUCAUGAGUAAUCCUGGAACAGGAUCGGAACGGGUACGAUCGGUGAUAUCGUCGGCGUCCAGCGAAUCGGUCGCCUCGCAGUCAUCUGUGAUCUUCAGUGACCUGGAGUCGGUCCAGCCAAUUACCGGGUAUUUGUGCGUUGGCUUGCAGUAUGAUAAAAGCAGCACAACCCUUGAGGGUACGGAGCUUCUUGUCACCAUACAGGAAGCCAAACAGCUUAUUGGACCACCCGGAGUGGAAAUGGAUACGUUUGUGAAAAUUUUCAUCGUACCUGACGAAAGCAAGGUGCUUCAGACUAAGGUCUCCAAAGGUUCCAAUCACCCCAGCUACCAGGAAACGUUCAGCUUCUGGAUCACGCAUAAGAACGUCCGGCGGUCGCUGUGGUUCCAUGUGUAUCACACCAGCCCAACGGAGCAGACACUUAUAGGCGAAUGUGAGAUGCAAAUCAACGAGAACAUCAAUCGCCCAAUGACCACCUGGCUGAAACUUAUGGACUCGAGCCACAAGAAGAGCCAGCUGGGUGAGCUUAUGUUCUCGUUGAGUUAUCUGCCGACGGCGGAGCGACUCACGGUGGUCGUCGUGAAGGCUCGCAACUUGACCCUCAAAAGUAGGACCAACAGAGCGAAACAGGUGCCGCUGGUGCAGCAGAGGCCGGUUUUGUUCGACGGAGAAGACUCGGCGAUGUCGACGGCAGUGGUGUCUGCUGAUCCCAUCGAGGUGGACUCGAGUGAGGGGAUUUUCGUUAAGGUCUACCUGCUCAAGAACGACAAGAAGGUCUCGAAGAAGAAAACCUCCGUCAAACGGGGCGAACGAUCGCCGAUCUACAACGAGGCGGUCAUCUUUAGCGUUCCUCCGUACAUGCUGAACACCAUCCAGAUCCGCUGCUCGGUGGUACAAAUGACCAAUCGGGAAACGACGUUCGCCGCGAGCAGCAGUAACAGCAGCAUCAACAACAACACCAGUGGCAACAGUCCUUUGGCAAGUGCGUUUCUCGACAAUGGGAACAAUAGCGGAGGCAGCAACAGUAGCAGCAGUAAUUUAUACAGGAAACCCAGCACCAAGCUGGUCUCGAUUGGCCACGUAAUCGUGGGCAGUGGUACUACAGGGAAGGGGUUACGCCAUUGGCACCACAUGUUGACCACGCUUCGGAAGCCGGUCACCAUGUGGCACGCUCUGAAGACCACCUCGGAGCGGAAGCGGAAACGAUGGGGGGAACUGGAGAUGAGCAGUGGUUAGUAAGGUGGAUGAGGCUGUGGAAGUGCUGAUCAAACGUGAGCAGGGGGUAACAGUUACGAUAAUAAUUAUAGUACAGUAAUAAUGGUAAACUAUCAUUACCAGUUGACACAGAAAAAGGAAUAUAAGAUAAUACAACAACAAAAAACGGUUAGAUAAAUCAAGAAAAUUUCAUAUAUACCAACAUUUUUCACUGUCGCCAAAUAUUAUACAUGUAUACAUACGCUAACAAUACUCUAUUGUAUAACUUUCACAACAAUAAAAAUCGCGAGCGACACUAUACCUAGAUAAUCGAAGUCUUUGAUAACAACCAAAAAUUCUCUCAACACAAUAAGGAUUACUUUCAAAAAAAUUGUUAAUUUCCGUCAAACCGAAUUAUAAACAAUAGCGCUCUCUAGCACACUUCCAUACAAACACAACCACAUUAACCCGUAUCGCAUUAUACAAGUUACCUAAGGAUUUGAUAUAAUAAAAGAUUCUCUGAUUUUU